UCCCCAGCAUCCCCUGCGCGGGGAAGCUGGGUGCCCCGGGGAGUCUAGCCACCAUGCCGCCCCUUCUCCUCCUCUUUUUCCUCCUCUUCCUUGCUCUGGCAGGAGUCAGGCCCCAGAAACAAGUGCUGGUUGAAGAGGGAGACGAUGCCAUGCUGACGUGUCUCAAGGACCCCUUAAACUCCUCACCUGAGUCCUCUAUGCCCCUGGCCUGGUAUCAGGGGUCCAAGACAGAGCCCUUCUUAGAGCUGAAGCUGGGGUUACCAGGCCUGGGCAUCCAGGUGGGGCCUCUGGGCAUCAUGCUGCUCAUCUUCAACGUCUCGUACCAGAUGGGGGGGUUCUACCUAUGCCAGCCACGGCCCCCCUCUGAGCAGGCCUGGCAGCCUGGUUGGACAGUCAGUGUGAAUGGCAGCGGGGAGAUGUUCAGGUGGAAUGCUUCAGACCUAGAUGGCCUAAGCUGUAAUCUGGGGAACAUGUCCUCAGAAGGCCCCAGGGCCUCUUCUGGUUCCCCUACCAGCUCCCAGAUGUACGUGUGGACCAAACGUCACCAUAAGACCUGGGAGGCAGACCCUGUGUGUGUCCCACCUCAGGGCAGUCCAAACCAGGGCUUCAACCAAGACCUCACCGUGGCUCCUGGCUCCGUACUCUGGCUACCCUGUGGGGUGCCCCCUGCCACCGUGUCCAGAGGCCCCAUCUCCUGGAACCAUGUACACCCCAAGAAGCCUAACAUCUCAUUGCUGAGCCUAGACCUGAAGUAUUCUCUAGCCAGAGAGAUGUGGGUACAGGGGACCCUCUGGGGAGGGACUGUUCUGUUGCUACCCCAGGUCACAGUUCAAGAUGCUGGCACCUAUCGAUGUCACCAUGGCAAUUGGACCGAGUUUGAGCUGAAAGUCACUGCCAGGCCAGCAGUAUGGCGCUGGCUGCUGAAGUCUGGUGGCUGGAAGGUCCCAGCUGUGACUCUGAUUUAUCUACUCUUCUGCUUGGGUUUCCUGGUGGGCUUGCUUCAUCUUCGAAGAGCCCUGAUCCUGAGGAGGAAAAGAAAGCGAAUGACUGACCCUACCAGGAGGUUCUUCAAAGUGACACCUCCGCCGGGAAACGGGGCCCAGAACCAGUACGGCAACGUGCUGUCGCUGCCGACGACCACCUCCAGCACCGGACGCGCCCUCCGAUGGGCUGCUGGCCUGGGGGGCGCCGCUUUGCCCUACGGAAACCCGCACAACGACUACCGGGAGGCUGGAGCCUCGAGGCCCCAGAGCCCACAGGGAGCUGACCCCAAAGAAGAGGAAGGGGAGGCCUAUGAGGAGCCGGACAGUGAGGAGGCCUCGGAAUUCUAUGAGAACGACGAUGCCAACAACCUUGGGCAAGACCAACUGUCCCAGGAUGGCAGCAGCUAUGAGCACCCUGAGGGCUAUGAGAAUCCUGAGGAUGGGACCUUAGGUCCUGAGGAUGGGACCCUGGGUCCUGAGGAUGAGGACUCCUUCUCUAGCGCUGAAUCUUACGAGAAUGAGGAUGAAGUGCUGGCCCCACCAGUCCCCCGGGCAGUAGACUUCCUGAGUCCCCAUGGGACUGCUUGGGACCCCAGCCGGGAGGCAACCUCUCUUGCAGGGUCCCAGUCCUAUGAAGAUAUGAGAGGGAUCCUGUACGCAGCCCCCCAGCUCCGCUCCCUUCGGGCCCAGUCUGGUCCCAAUCAUGAGGAAGAUGCAGACUCCUAUGAGAACAUGGAUAAUCCCGAUGGGCCAGAACCAGCAUGGGGAGGAGGUGGCCACAUGGGGACCUGGAGCACCAGGUGACCCUCUCCAGCUUGGGCCUUCUCAGGCCCGAGAUUCACAUCUGACUGAAAUCUGGGAACCCCAAGCAGAUGGUAUCAACCUCUGGAGCGACGCUGCUCAGAUUGUGUGUAUGUGUGAGUGUGUAUAUGUGUGUGUGUACUCAAGUGAAACUUCUGGCCCCCUUUCCUCUCCCCAAAUAAACUCAGUGAGCUCUUCCAAUCCUAUGAAGUAGUGCGCUUGUGUGGGAGGGGAAGGAAAGGUGAGGGUGGGUGUAUCCCUAUCCUCUCUCAACUCCAGCGGAUACAACCCAGUUCCCCUCUCGACAUCCUGGAUACAACCCAUUUCCCCCUCUUGCCUGCUACCCACCAGACUCCUCACCAGCUGCUAC